AUGGCUGUAAGUGAUUUAAGGCAGUUAUAUGACUGUUUUGAACUGCAAAGUAGUAAACGUGAAGGUGCGCUGAGCUCUCGCUACAAGACUGGCCAGGACAAUGUUCUGCAAGACUGGCCAGGACAAUGUUCUGCAAGACUGGCCAGGACAAUGUUCUGCAAGACUGGCCAGGACAAUGUUCUGCAAGACUGGCCAGGACAAUGUUCUGCAAGACUGGCCAGGACAAUGUUCUGCAAGACUGGCCAGGACAAUGUUCUGCAAGACUGGCCAGGACAAUGUUCUGCAAGACUGGCCAGGACAAUGUUCUGCAAGACUGGCCAGGACAAUGUUCUGCAAGACUGGCCAGGACAAUGUUCUGCAAGACUGGCCAGGACAAUGUUCUGCAAGACUGGCCAAACAAUGUUUGCAAGACUGGCAGAAUAUGUUCUGCAUGAUGCACAGGACAAUGUUCUGCGAAGAUGGUCAGUACAGUUGUUCGAAGACUCGCCAGGACAUGUCUGCACGAUGGCCAGACAAUGUUCUGCAGACUGGCCAGACAUUUCUGCAAGACUGGCCAGGACAAGUUCAGUAAAUGGCAGACAAUGUCUGCAAGACUGGACCAGGGACAAGUUGAAAUUGAAAAUGUUCUGUGAAGAUGGACAUGGCAUUCCAAACUGCCAGACAAAUACUGGCAUCCUGGUAGAGGUGGUGGAAAUAUACAAGACUUCGCCAGCUCCGGCGCUCUACAAUAUGGUCGUCGACUGCUCACCCACCGACAGCAUGACAAUCACGUGCGACUGUGAUGCUACGAUAUACCUACGACUAGGAACGACUAGAACCCAGGGAGAUAAAACUACAGAGAGCGAGUACGCAUGUGCUGUUCGUCCAUUAAGAGGGAGACUCAACAUAGCUGCUGUCGCUCCAGAGCUCACAGCUGUGGUCAAGUUUGAUGGCUGGCCAGAGGUUUCGUUAAAACUGGAAGGAAUUCGAAACAAUGCUGUUGGGUUGGAUGAACAGCAGAUGCUGGAUGUGAUUGAUGAAGUUCUUACAUCUGCCCUUCGCAACUCUGUCCUGGAUGUCAGCUUCCAGACCAACAAGACCUUCCCUAGAUUUCGAAGAGCUCGACAGGUUCCUGACCCCAUCAUCCCAGUGGGCUACGAUUCUAUGGUACGUGAGUUGCAGACACAUCCACCCUCAGCUCCCCGUAAGCAAAAGAAAAAAAACAGGCUUGGUUCAGUACAUGAUGAAGAAAUAGAGGAAGCAGGAGAAUCAUUUACAGCCCUCACCUUUUCCUCCAACCUUUCCAAACAAAUUAAUCUUACUACCAGUGAGGAACAGCUUAUUGCCAGAAAUUUACAUAAAUAUCCCUCAUUAGAAAAUUCAGACAUGGGAGAUGAUAUCAGUGAAUUUUACAAAUCUUGGGAAGAAAAUUAUGUACCUGCUACAGGGGUAGCCCAUGUAGAUGUACAGAAAGUGAAAGCUCCUGUAACUGUUUCCCAGACUAACCCAAAGGAAGACACAAAGACUCAGAAUUUUGUUCUUGUAGCUAGUAACAGGUCAAAGCUAAUUGAUGAGCCAAGAACUGCAGAUUGUGUUCAAGAAAUAGAAGAGGAAGAGGAGCCAGAAUUAGUGCCACAUCUGAAACAAAAUGUUGAAGAUGAGCCAUGUAUUAGAAGAAGAAGUAGAAGCCCAUUACUUCUUGGCAAACCAAAGCUAGAAGAACCAGAAGAAUCACUAGAGCUAGAGGAAGGAGAAAACCUAAAUACUUUGCAAUUACAUAAAACUGAUCUCGUUGAUAAGUCGCUAACUGGCACUUCUGGAUUUGGACCACUGCCUUCCCUGCCAGGCCUACAAAAGGGACCUUUUGUCUCGGCCCUUUCUUCUACAACCACUGGUCAGUCUACAGGAAUUCCUGGUCUUAAUGGCAAGCGACUUCUGGUGAAAAUUGUUAAGGCAACAGGCGUUGGCUGUGAGAAUUUGGUGUCUGAGGCAUACGCUGUGGUGGAGAUGGAUGAACCCCCUCAGAAAUUCACUACUUCCAUUAUGAAAGACACAAGUUCCCCUUUUUGGGAUGAACAAUUCCUAUUCGAUCUUAGUGGUAGCACACUUGAACUUCUCUUUGAAGUAUACGAUAAGAAGAAUGGAAAAUUCUUGGGCCUUGGAAUUGUUGGCAUAGAAGAAUUAGUUGCCACACCAUCACAGAGACAAAUCAUUCCUCUUCAGUCUCGGCCAUAUGAAAAUGAUGAAGUGUCUGGGUCACUGACAGUAGAGUUCCUGUUCUUGGAUCGGGCUGACUUGCCUGAGCACACUCUUCGCUCUAGUGCCACGAGUCAGAGCAUAACACCCAAAGGUGACCUCAUAACUACAACUACUACCACAUAUGUCAAGGCUCCGGAAUCACCAGUUGUUGCUGGAGCUGGAGAUUCAAGCCCAGGAACGUACAGGCGCAGAGAGUCGUACCGCAAGGCCAACAAUAUUCGUUCAGAUGUUAUCGUUAAUGGUGGUGAUGGGGUUGCUGCUGCAGUAUUAAGAGAUAUUGAAGGAAAAAAGGAUGUGGUAGUUAACAAUGCAAGCAAGUCUACCAUGAUUAUUCAUGCCUCCAGAAAAAAUCAAUCAUUCAGUGGCUGUCUUGCUAGAAGUGUGCAGACAUUACAAAUUCAAAGGACCCAUUUCUACCCGUCCUUCAGAAUACGGACACUGUACUUCAUACCCCCCCAGGUCUCAAGUCCUGCUAACUGGUUUCCUGGAAUACCUUCAUAUGAGGAUUUGCUUCCUGCAAUUACCCGUUACGACUUGAUUGCACUCAUAUCGACUCCCACAACCCAUACUAUUACCACCACAUCCACACUUAUGUCAUUGGAAACGACCCAGUUUAAUGCCAACAAAUCCGACAAACCAACCAUAUCCACCUCUUCCAUCAACAAUGUUGAUGGAACAGAGCCCAAUGGAAAACUGAUGCAUUUUACAGUUUUUCUAAACAAAAGUAACAGUUUGGGCUUUCAUUUGUCCCUUUACUUAUCCAUACUAACAUUGUGGCUCUUCUGUUUACCUGUGUGCCACGCCCCACCAGCCCCUGCCCACUACCUCUACCUGUUACACGCUCAACGGCUGCUCUCAGUACCAGCCAAUAUCAGCGGUGAUGGAGGGUCCACAAGAUCGUCUCUGAGUGAUGCCUCGGCCAUUAGCAGUUCUUCCACCCGUACAUAUGUUAAUGAAGCCUCAACACUUAUUAUAGAGACCAGUGAGAAUGGUGUCUUUAAACAUUACCUGAUUCCUUUGGCAUUACAACAAAAGAGCAAAUGGAGGAAGAAAGGCUUAAAGCUUCACAUCUUUGGAGAACACUUUGUUGCCAAACAUAUGUCCAGUUCAACACCGUGUGAAGUGUGUCAUAAAACGUUAGGAAGAAGAUUUGGAAAACAAGGCUAUGUUUGCCGGGACUGCGGCUUCAAGUGUCACAAGCCAUGCCAUGUGAAGACAGAAACCGUCUGCCCAAACUCUACCAUCAACACUAUGGACCUCCUGGAUGACUUGGUUUGUGGAGAAAAGGGAAAUAGGAGCCUCCCCAAAGAAAUGUUUUUAAAUCUUCCAAAAAACCCCUGCCCCAGCAUUAAACUUAGGCUGCCAGUUCUCCCUGGCUAA